AGAUUAAUGAUAAAGUUAACUCCUGAACUUCGUAGUCAGAAAAAUUCUGAUUUAGAAAAUAGUAGGAAAAAAUCUCAUUGUGCUGAAAUGGCAUUUCGCCGAAGAAACAAGAGCUACCCUUUCUUCAGCCAGGAGUUCCUAAUUCAAAACCACGCCGACAUCGUGUUUAGUUUGGUGAUUUUCAUUUUGAUUGGACUGAUGUUUGAGGCUACAGCCAAGACGGCCAUACUGUUCAUUCAGCCUCAGUAUAAUGUCAGCACACUAUCACCAGAGGGAGAGGUGACGUUGUACCAAUAUGGAUGGAAAGACUGUGCCACCAUCCUCUUCUACUUCUUCAUCACCAUCAUCCUCCAUGCAGUGGUGCAGGAGUAUGUCCUGGAUAAAGUGAACCGGCGCCUCCAUCUCUCCAAGAGCAAGAAUAACAAGUUCAAUGAGUCGGGCCAACUGUGCGUCUUUCAUUUGGUGUCGAGUGUGUGGAGCCUCUACAUCCUCAUAACAGAGGGAUACCUCCUACAUCCCAGCAGCCUUUGGGAGAACUAUCCCCAUGUACACCUCAGGUUUCAGGUGAAGUUCUUCUACCUCACUCAGCUGGCCUACUGGCUCCAUGCCUUGCCGGAGCUCUACUUCCAGAAAGUACGCAAGGAGGAGAUUCCUCGUCAGCUGCAGUACAUUUGCCUGUAUCUGCUGCACAUUUCUGCAGCAUACUUGUUAAAUUUGAGCCGUGUGGGACUGGUGCUCCUGUUUCUGCAGUAUGUGUCAGAGCUCGGCUUCCACAUCGCCAGACUGUUCUACUUCACUGACGAGAGCCACCAGAAAAUGUUUGACCUGUGGGCGGUCAGCUUUGUGUUUACACGGAUGGUAACUCUGACCCUGAUGUUCCUGGCUGUGGGCUUUGGCUUGGCCCGUGCUGAGAACCAGGGGCUGGACUGGGAGACGGGCAACUUCAACACUGUACUGAUAAGGAUGACUGUUCUACUGCUGGUGUGUUUGACUCAGUCCUGGCUACUCUGGAAGUUUAUUCGUUUCCAGCUGAGGCGCUGGAGGGAGUUCAGACACGAACAGGCUGCUCGCAAGAAGGCUGCCGCCAAACAACCCCUGCGACCGCUGAAGAGAGAUUCACUUGGCCACCAUGAAAACGGCAUUCUUAAAGCAGAGAACGGAGCCUCUCCUCGAACCAAAAAGCUCAAAGCCCCUUAAACAUGACCCAUAAUGGCUAGUCUGAACAGUGGCCUCAGCCCAGGCGGAGGCCUCUCAUCAGCAGGGGAAACUGGUGGCCAGUGGCCAUCAAUCUCCUGGUGAGUAUGUCCGGAGGAGUCACAAGGACUCAGUCGCUACAGACACAGGCUUGAAUGCUGGAAAAUGAAAUCCAAGGAAAUCCCUCGAGCCCGACAGACAUUUACUCUUCUCAUCAUAUCAGUAUUUUUUUUCUUUUCUUUUCUUUUUUUACACCCUCACUGCCUGCUAUCCCACCCUUUGGACCACCAUUGGAUACAGAAUGAUUCAAAUGUAAAGUGAACACAGUAUAUGUAGCACACAGUCUGCAUACUGUGCAUGUCAAUAUUGAAUGUGUCAAUGCCUACCCUCAUGCAUAAGUACUGUACUGGUUGUAGUGUUUGUCUGAUGUUGCCGCCGUUUGUAGCUCUUUUCAAAGAGCCAGCUUUGCUUGUUUUCUAUUCUGGUCCAUUGGAACAAGAAAAGUUACUGAUGCUAUGAUAGCCAGUAAAAGGCUUACUGUGGGCUGGCCUCAACAUUAUCCAGUACCUAGUCAGGGAAGGAUAGUGUGGUGAAGGAGUGGGUCUUUGACAUUUGGUCAACCAAAGGGACGGUCACCAUGGCUCCUCCCGUUGGUUUAUGUCAGUCAAAAAUCCUGCACCUCUCACUGGUCACUUAUAGAUAAGCAUCAUGUAUGUAAGUUGGAUAUUACCGCAUGCCAUUCCAUGUUUUUUUGUUUGUUUGUUUUGUUUUGUUUUUGUUAAAGAUGUGUUUACUUUAUUAAAUGAUGCAUUUUUCUGAAA